UCUGAGCGACACAGAAGCUCCCCUCAGCUCUGUCCAGCCCUGGCAGCGGGAGUCCCGCCGGCCUCUGCGCUGUCAGCGCUGUGCCCGGGCGGCUCCGCUCCGCAGUACCGGUGCCACCAUGAACUGCAGCAAGGCGCGGCGCCUGCCGGCGCUGCUCGGGGCGGUGCUGCGGGAGCUGUGCCGCGCCGGCAACAGCAGAGCAGCCCCGCCGGGCCCCGGUCCCGGCGCGGACGGCUCGCUCUACAUCCUGCUCAGCAUGAUCUUCUACAGCUGCCUGGGCGGGGCGCACCUGGCGUACACCCGCUCGCGGAAGCUGGAGUCCAAGCACGACCACUACCACCCGUACAUCGAGCGGGACUAGGGCCCCGUCGGCCCGGCACAGCAGGAGGAGGGCCGCCCCUCCGAGGGGCAGCGCCCGUGA